GUGUUUCGUCCUGCAGUCGCUAGUACACACAACUCGCUCACUCAUCGUAGUUACCGUAGAAUCUGCUGCAUCACAGAUGCCGCUGUUUCAUGACGUCACGCGAGAGGAGCUGCGGCGCGGUGACCACAUCUACGUGCGGCACGCCCUUCACAGUCGGCACGGCAUCUGGGACGGGUCAAAGGUCAUUCAUCUGCCGCCGCGCAGCGCGAAAGUGAGCCGAGACAGCCUGGACGAAUUUCUACACGACGCAGCGCUCAAGCUCUUCCUAUAUGGCGCCCCCUGGCGGACAACAUGGUAUGAGAUCGCCGGCACGUCCGAGGCGACGGAGAGCGACGAGGCGGACAUUGUCGUGCGGCGCGCCGAGAGCAAGAUAGGAGAAUACAACUACAAUGUGUUCUCGGCUAACAGCAAAAGUUUUGCGCGCUGGUGUAAGCUCGGAGAUCGAGCGAUGGACGUUAUAUAGGUCCAUAAGAGGAUCGUGAUGAUCAUGCUUACCAUCAUUAUGAUCAUCAUAAUCAUCAUCGUCAUCAUCAUCAU